CCUGGAACUAGUCUCCUUCAACCAUCUCUCCGCUUCAACUCACUGCCUAUAUCAACACCAUGCACAUCUCCAAGCUCCUCUCUUUCCUCAGUGUCGCCGCCGCGGCCUCCGCAAUGGCACUCGAGGGCCGCUCCGACGUCGGCGGGCCAUGCGCCGAAGACAAUGAUUGCUACGGCGGAGCCAACUGCUGCAGCCGAAUCUGCAAGCUCGGGAGUUGUCGAAUGGACGGAAGUUGCGACGCAGACAACGACUGCUAUGGAUGGUGUCAUAACAACUCGGGGAAGUGUUGCAUCAAAUUUGGAAAGGAGGAAGGAACCUGCAACUGUGUCUCAAGCAGGUGUUAAUUAGUUCUAGCUCGCGGAUGUGAAGGGAAUAGUUGGAAUUGCCGGCUGGAGUUAGGUUGGCAUCAAGUCUAGACGAAACGGAAUAAUGUGUAGCUCAGAAGGCGUCUAGGCUGAUUAAGAUGGAGUCGCCGGAUUGGCAAUCCGGAAAGGAGUGGUAGCAAUUCCACGGUUGCUUAUGGGCAGACAGCCAUUGAC